CGCGCGCGCGCGAGGCACGCACGCAAACUUCCCACACAGCCCCUCAGACACACCCACCUCGCAGCCCACCACUCUCUCUUGUCUCGCGGCAGUGAAGACAAUGGCGGCAGCGGACGGCACGGACCCGCUCGAGAUCCGGUUCGGUCUCAUCAGCAGCGGGAAUAAGUACCUAACGGCCGAGUCCUUCGGCUUCACGGUCAACGCCUCCGCGAGCUCCAUGAAGAAGAAGCAGAUCUGGACCCUCGAGCAGACCGGCGGGGAGCAGCACGAGGACGCCAGUCCCGUGCUCAUCAGGAGUCACCUGGGCCGGUACCUGGCGGCCGACAAGGACGGGAACAUCACCGGAGACAGCGCGUGCCCACGCCCGGACUGCCGCUUUCUCAUCACUGCACACGACGACGGGCGCUGGGCGCUGCAGUCCGAGGCGCACGGGCGCUACCUGGGUGGCACCGAGGACCGCAUCUCGUGCUUUGCGCAAAGCAUCUCGGCAACGGAGAGAUGGAGCGUGCAUUUCGCCAUGCACCCGCAGGUCAACAUCUAUAGCGUGUCGCGGAAACGCUACGCGCACCUGAGCAGCGCGCGCGGAGAGCUGGCGGCGGAGCGUGACGCCCCGUGGGGAGUGGACUCCCUGCUCACUCUCGUGUACCAGGACCGCCGCUAUCACCUGCAGACAGCGGACAACCGAUUCCUCGCGUGCAGCGGUGCGCUGCUGAAAAGCCCCGACACCAGCACGGGCUUCACUCUGGAGUUCCGCGCGGGGAAAGUAGUGUUCCGGGAUUCAUCGGGAAAGUACCUCGCGCCCGGAGGGCCGACCGGCACCCUGAAGUCGGGAAAGAGCUCGCGGGUUGGGAAGGACGAGCUCUUUGUUCUGGAGCGAAGUCAUGCGCAGCUCGUGCUAAGGGCCAGCAACGACAGAAACGUGUCCAUGCGCCAAGGUGGGAGUUCAUUUCAAUGA